ACAGCUGUAGUUUGUUUACGAAUACCUUUUUGCCAAUAAUAAGAAUUAAUUUGUUUUUGGAAAAAUAUUUGUUCUAAAAAUACACUAAAAGUGCAAUAUACCCUAUUAUAGAUAACCGGGUGUAAAUAAUAAAAUUUGAUCAAUGGAGAACAAAGGGGAAUAUUUUGCAGAGGCAUCAGAGCCUCAAACCAUACAAGAUUAUAAUGCAUUACUUGAUUCGCCUAUACGUGGUCCCACAUUGUCCACAAGUACUUCAAGUUUCGAAGCUCUGGAUCCUCAUGAUCCUAAUUUGAGCAAAUUAGCAACAAAAAUGUUUCGCAAGACGGAGGACUACAUAAGUAAUGAACUAAACGCUCCACUUGAAGACUACAAGCUUUUGGAGGAAAUGAAUAAAGCUACUGUGGCUAAGUAUUCAGAUAUGCAGCAAAUUGCUGAAAACCUGAGCGUAUCAACAAAUGAACUAAGCAUAAAAUUCCAACAAUUGGUUCCAUUAAUGAAGCAAAUCGACGAAAUAUCGGACACCGUCGACAAGUUGGAAGCUGCUGCUUAUAAAUUGGAUGCCUACAGCAUAGCACUUGAAAACAGAGUAAAGUCAGUACUUCAACGAAGAGUUACUAUGAAUUGAAAUAUCAAUAGUAUUAUUAUUUAGAUUAAUUAAACUACAUACAAAAUAAAAGUCGCUUUAUUAUCCAA